AUGAGUUCCUAUUUUGUGAAUCCCACUUUCCCCGGGAGCCUGCCCAGCGGCCAGGACUCCUUCUUGGGCCAGCUGCCCCUCUACCCGGCCGGCUAUGACGCGCUGAGGCCCUUCCCGGCCUCGUACGGGGCGUCGAGCCUCCCGGACAAGACGUACACCUCACCUUGUUUCUACCAACAGUCCAACUCGGUCCUGGCCUGCAACCGGGCGUCCUACGAGUACGGGGCCUCAUGUUUCUAUUCUGAUAAGGACCUCAGUGGUGCCUCGCCCUCGGGCAGUGGCAAGCAAAGGGGCCCCGGGGACUACCUGCACUUUUCUCCCGAGCAGCAGUACAAACCCGACAGCAACAGCGUGCCGGGCAAAGCCCUCCAUGACGAAGGCACCGACCGGAAGUACACGAGUCCUGUUUACCCCUGGAUGCAGCGGAUGAACUCCUGCGCGGGUGCUGUGUACGGGAGUCACGGGCGCCGAGGCCGCCAGACCUACACGCGCUACCAGACGCUGGAGCUGGAGAAGGAGUUCCACUUCAACCGCUACCUGACGCGGCGCCGCCGCAUCGAGAUCGCCAACGCGCUCUGCCUCACCGAGCGCCAGAUCAAGAUCUGGUUCCAGAACCGCCGCAUGAAGUGGAAAAAGGAAAAUAAACUCAUCAAUUCCACACAACCCAGCGGGGAGGACGCUGAGGCAAAAGCGGGCGAGUAG